AUGAGCGAAACCAAGGCACCAGAGACUGUUGUCUCCCAACAACCAGCUGGACAAGCCCAGCCAACUUUGUCGAAGCUCCAGGCUCAGACUGGAACUGAGGAGUGGCACGAUGAUAUCUUCAACUGCUUUGAGGGGCCAGACAACCUCUGCCUCAAGGCAACCUUCUGCUCUUGCUUCGUCUACGGCAAACUGGCGCACCGCAUGCGAGACCCAACAUUGACCGACUACAACCGAUUCAACGUUGACUGCUUGAUCUUCCCCUUCUGCGGUAUUGGAUAUGUCCUCCAAUUCCUCAAGCGUCUCGAAGCCCGUGAGACCUACAACAUCAAGGGCGAUCUCGUCACCGAUGUCCUGUUCUCCGCCUGCUGCGCCUGCUGCUCCCUGAUCCAGGUUGAGAAGGAAGUCAUUGCCCGCCAAUCCGGCUCCUCCUCUGCUGGCUACGUUGCGCCUUCUUCCAUGGUCGCUGCUCCUCAGUAA